GCUUGGAGGCAGUGAGUGGGUUUGUGAAUAAAUGAGCCGAAAUUUGGUCAAUCACGGCCGUGUGUACCGACAAAAAGCUACAUGGCUAGCUAAUGGUAAAUAGUGGUUCAUCCCGACGCUCCCGGAGUUUUGAAACUUGGCAACGAUUACGAUGGUCUCUGUUAAACGAGAACGAGAGAUUGACUUGGACGACGACGAUAAUGACGAUGGAGUGGCAAGAAAAAUAGGACGGGGACGAGUAGUAGAAGACCGAAGAAGCCGCCAUUGCCCUUAUCUUGACACCAUAAACAGGAGUGUUUUGGACUUUGAUUUUGAGAAGCUCUGCUCCAUCUCUCUGUCACACAUCAACGUAUAUGCUUGUCUUAUAUGCGGGAAAUACUUCCAAGGUAGAGGCCUGAAGUCUCAUGCAUACACUCACAGUGUGCAGUUCACCCAUCAUGUGUUCCUCAAUCUGCACACCCUCAAGUUCUACUGUCUGCCUGAUAAUUACGAGAUCAUUGACUCCUCUCUAGAAGACAUCACGUAUGUGCUCAAGCCGACUUUCACCAAACAGCACAUCGCUGGGCUGGACAAGCAGGGUAAACUUUACAGAGCGUAUGAUGGCACAACUUACCUGCCAGGCAUUGUUGGACUAAACAACAUCAAAGCCAAUGACUAUGCCAAUGUGGUGUUACAGGCUUUCUCCAACGUUCCACCUCUGCGAAACUAUUUCUUGGAGGAGGAGAACUACAGAGGAAUCCGCAGGCCACCGGGGGAUAUUAUGUUUCUGUUGGUGCAGAGAUUUGGUGAGCUGAUGCGCAAACUUUGGAAUCCGAGAAACUUCAAGGCUCACGUGUCUCCCCAUGAGAUGCUGCAGGCAGUGGUGUUGUGCAGCAAGAAGAACUUCCAAAUUACCAAGCAAGGGGAUGCUGUGGACUUUAUGACGUGGUUCCUGAACGCUCUCCAUGGUGCUCUCGGCGGAACGAAGAAAAAGCCAUCAAUCAUUACAAAAGCAUUCCAGGGCUCCAUGCGGAUCUUCUCAAAGAAACUUCCACACCCAGAUUUACUACCGGAGGAGAAGGAGGCUUUGCUUGUGACAGAGGAAUACCAGGAGCAGAUGUCCGAGUCUACCUUUCUCUUUUUGACCCUUGACCUCCCCACAGCGCCGCUGUACAAGGAUGAGAAAGAGCAGCUAAUUAUCCCGCAGGUCCCCCUCUUCAACAUCCUGGGCAAGUUCAAUGGCAGCACAGAGAAGGAAUACAAAACCUACAAGGAAAAUUUUCUGAAAAGGUUCCAGUUGACCAAACUGCCUCCGUACCUCAUCUUUUGCAUCAAAAGAUUCACAAAGAACAACUUCUUUGUGGAAAAGAAUCCCACAAUCGUCAACUUCCCAAUCACGAAUGUGGACCUCCGCGAGUACUUGACAGAAGAAGCUCAAGCUACAGAGAAAAACACGACAUACGACCUCGUUGCAAACGUGGUGCAUGAUGGGAAGCCCACAGAGGGGGCAUACAGAAUACACGUUCUGCAUCACGGAACCGGGAAGUGGUACGAGAUGCAGGACCUGCAGGUGACGGACAUCCUCCCUCAGAUGAUCACACUGUCGGAGGCUUACAUUCAGAUCUGGAAGCGACAAGAGAAUCAGGAUGACACAAACAACCACGCCGGGGUGUAAGUGAGCCGGAAUGUUUCUCUGUGUGGAUCAGCAAACCUUUGGUCAUUUAUUUGGAUUUACAAUGGGUCUCCAAGGUGAU